AUAAAUUAUUAAAAAAUUCACAUUUAUUCUCCUUCACAAGGAUUCUUCAUCAAAGAGAGAUUUCAUACAAAAUGGCAGCAAAAGCAAUUUCCUUUGCUCUUUUUCUUGCCAUAACAAUGGCGUUCGCAAUCCAACUCUCACAUAUUAGUAGUCUUUCAACAGAAUUUAAUUCUUUUUUCAUAAACCUAAUGCAGGCUGGUGGAGAAGGAUCACUUACAGCAGAUCAAUGUUCGGGAGCGUGCGAAUUUAGGUGUUCGGCGACGUCGCAUAAGAAACCAUGUUUGUUCUUCUGCAACAUGUGUUGUCAGAAAUGUUUGUGUGUUCCGUCUGGAACAUAUGGGAACAAAGAAGAGUGUCCCUGCUACAACAAUUGGAAGACCAAAGAAGGCACGCCUAAAUGUCCUUGAAAAAUUUAUUCUUUUAAUUCAAAUAUGUAAUUUUCGUGAUCGAUUUCUCUUCCAUAUUUACCUCAAAUAUUCACUUAUCAUAUGGUCAAUUCAGAUAACUGCCAGAUGUGCUUUUUGUUUGAAUAUUGGAAGAAGAUGUUGUAUGAAGUAAUAAUGAUAAAAUAAUGGGG